GAUAUGACGAAAUCAUAAACGAAAAAUUUCGCUGUGCUUUUCGUUUUUCAGUACGCUGCUGAACAACGAAAUGUGUCAUUUUAGUGGAUAGCUGUACUAGAUUUUUUAGUACAAUUCUCCACUCUUUUCGUUCUCAAUUUAAUUGCCCGGUAUAUUAAUUGCUUGCGAAAUUUUGACGUUUAAUUUAUUUAUUGGAAAAAAUUGUUUACAAAUCAAAAUUGAAAAUUGUUUACUCGUGACUUUCGGUGUUUUUCAUUUUAAUAUAGAUAGUUUUGAUUUAAAAUUUAAAAAAAAAAAUGGAUUUUUCUGAGUUUUUGCAGCAAUACAUUUCUGAGCCGGAAACUCAGGAUGUUGAAGAAUGUAUUGUUGAUGUGAAAGAAGUGAAGACAAGCAGUGAACUUCAACUUUCAAAAAAUAAACAAAAGAAAAAAAAAUUGAAUUUUCUUCGGAGGAAAAAAAGAAACUGGCUUCGUUGGUCGAAACUAGUGAAGCCAUUUGGAAGUUGGAGCAUAGGCUUCACAAAAAUAAUUCCGCCGUUGCGAGCCUCUGGAACAGUAUAGCUGCAGAAAUGAAUAAACCAGUUGAAGAUUGCAAGGCAAUGUGGCGUUCCUUACGUGAUAGCAUGCGCUACCACGUCACAAGCAGGAACAAGAGGAAGUCGGGUAGUGAGGCCGAUCUUGGCGUUCCAGAAGGCGAGACAUUACAGGAAGAAUCGCAGGAGAUAGACUGGGAAUUCGAAAAAAGUAUGUCCUUCUUGACGCCUCUGUCGUCGCAAAAAAGAAGACGAACAUUUACAAAUAGUGCUGGAACUGAUGAUUCUCAAGGGGAUGUUUUCGCAACAACAUCAGCACAGAGCUCAAACUAUGCCUAUAUAAAUGAAAACCGGAAACAAAAAGAUCCAAUGCUGGAGAGUGCAAAAAUGUUAAGCAAUAAUAUUUCUGAGCUUAUCGAAUGCCAGAAAAAUAAAUUGAAGCAGGCAACAUUCCCACCUCAACUGCAAAAUUUCACAAUGCUGGCAAAUAUUGACCGGAUGUUGCAAAAAUUGCCUGAGGAUAUUGUAGAAGAUAUCAAUAUAAGAUUCAUAUGCAUCAUCAAUGAGGAAAUUAAGAAGUAUAAAAGGGGCAAUAGUGGCCAGUAAAAUAGAAUAUAUGUAAUGUUUAAAAAUAUUUAUAUGGCAAGUUUGCAAUUAAGUUUUGUAUCUGUUAUAAAAAAAGGAUCUAAAUGUAAUUUAAUAACUUAGAAUAAUAAAUAUGUACAUAUGUAUAAUUGAAUUGGUAAAUGUUUGAUGUAUUGAAAAUUGGUUCGUUCUGGUUUAACGGAUUUAUACUACUUUUUGUAGGGAUUUGUACGAAUUCCUAAUUUGUUAAAAAAUGUAUGAAUAUUUGUUUAAUUUUCCACAAAGAAGAAUCGGCAAAAAUCUAAGGAGUUAUAUACAUACAUACAUAUAUGCUACAAGUUACUAUAACUUGAAUUAAGCUGCCAUUGAAAGUAUAAUUGACAUAUAGCUCAUCGUUAUUGAUCUUUGUUUUGUCUGUUUUUUCUUACAAAACUUAUAUUACAUAUUUGUAAUAUACCUACGCGUGACAGAAGAAGACUUCUUUGGCAAUUUCAACCUAAAAUUUUAAACCUUGAUGAAUAGUCCCAAUGAUGAAUGACCUAAAAUUCACGCUUCAUUG